UAUUUCUCUGCUAGCAGGUAGUGAUGAUUGCGGCGGUCCUGCGGCCCGUGAUUAAUUGUGUAGGGUCAUCUGCCAGCUCUUGUCACGAGAAUAUUAAGGACUGAUGUCAAUCUUCUUUACAGUAGCUAGCCACUAUGUAGGCUCUGGCGUGUGGGUAUGUAUAUAGCUACAGUCGUGCUUUGAGAUCCUUUUCAUUCACGUUGUCUAUCUUUUCUCUAUACUUUCUUGUACAUAUUUUCAAGAUUUUCCUUUCCAUCAUGAAGACCACUUCUGCAUUGUCUGUAUUGUUUGCUGGCACUGUGUCUGCCCAGGGAGCCGCUUAUGCUCAAUGCGGAGGCACUGGAUGGACUGGCUCAACGUCGUGUGUUUCGGGUUACACAUGUACAUUUUCGAACUCUUAUUACUCUCAAUGCCUGCCUGGUACGGGAUCAGGUGGCUCAUCAGCCACUACACUUGCUACCUCCACAAUUAAGGUCGUCUCUUCCACGAGUUCAGGAGUGGCAUCGCCAACUAGCUCUUCCUCGGGCAAGGUCCAAUUUGCUGGUGUGAACAUCGCUGGGUUCGAUUUCGGCUGUGGCACCGAUGGAACUUGUGUAAUUACAGGAACCAAUGGCCCAUAUCCUGCCAUCGGUGGCAGCUAUCCUGACGGUCCUGGCCAGAUGAGCCAUUUUGUCAAAGACGAUAAUUUGAACCUUUUCCGCUUACCUGUUGGUUGGCAAUUUCUGGUCAACGGCGUGCUUGGUGGAACUUUGAAUCCUGCGAACUUGGCACAAUACAACACUUUGGUUCAAGCUUGCUUGAGUACUGGUGCUUAUUGUAUUAUUGAUAUCCACAACUAUGCACGAUGGGAUGGAGGUAUCAUCGGUCAAGGUGGACCAACAAACGACCAGUUUGCCAACUUAUGGAGCCAACUCGCCACCUACUACGCUAGCGAAUCCAAGAUCCUCUUCGGCGUCAUGAAUGAACCUCACGACUUAACCAUCACAACCUGGGCCACCUCCGUCCAAGCAGCCGUAACAGCCAUCCGGCAAGCCGGCGCAACAUCGCAAAUGAUCCUCCUCCCCGGUACCCAAUACACCUCCGCAGGAGCAUUCAUCAACGACGGUUCCGCCGCCGCUCUGGUCGGCGUCACGAACCCGGACGGCUCAACCACCAACCUGAUCUUCGACGUGCAUAAGUAUCUCGACUCGGACAACAGCGGCAGCGGCGCCGACUGCGUAACAAACAACAUCGCCGACGCGUUCCAGCCGUUGGCCGAUUGGCUGAAUAGCGUGGGGAGACAGGCGUUGUUGUCUGAGACCGGGGGCCCGAAUACGAGUAAUUGUGCUACUUAUUUGUGUCAGGAGAUUGCGUUUUUGAAUGCGAAUUCGAAUGUGUAUCUGGGCUAUGUUGGGUGGGCGGCGGGGAGCUUCUCGGCCACGACGUAUGCGUUGACGGAAACGCCCACGGAGAGUAAUGGGGUUUGGACGGAUCAGUCUUUGGUUAAGGCUUGUAUUGCUAGGUGAUGGGAGCUAGCUGGAGAUAUUGUCAGCUUAUACGUAAAAUGAUUGU